AUGCAAAGAUCUGUUUUAAUGCGUUGGAUGAAAGUGUAUGCUUAUGGUGGUGCAGUAAUUGCUACAGGUGUUCUAUUAUUUAAAUAUACCACACCAACUGACCAGCAGUUGCUUGAUAGUUUUUCUCCAGAAAAUAGAGCUUUAUAUGAAAAGAACAAGAAGCUAAGACAUUUGGAACAACAAGAACUAAUUGAUAUGGCAAGAACUUCUACACAGAGAAAUGACCCAAUAUGGAAAACAGGUGCAAUUCCAUCUCCAUUAGAAAGAAAUAGGAAUGAACCUUUAAACAACGAUGUCUUCAAUAUCCAAGCUCGUCUUGAGACUGAAAACCAACAAAAAAUUAUAAAAAAUGCUAAAGAUGAAUUACAACAAAUUAGAAAACUCGAAGAACAAAAAAAUAAUAACAGCUGGUGGAAAUUCUGGUAA